AAAAAAAUCCCGAAAAUGCACGGUUGUUCUGAUUGGCUGUGAGGCAUAUCCGGUUAGAGUGAAGAGCCAAUCAAAUGUGUCGCUACUGUGUUUUGAAUCGGAGGCUAGUUUUAACCGACGCCGUUUGUGGUGAGGAGAAACACCGACGUGUGCGCGGAUUUUUUCUUUAAAAAGCGAAAUAAACUGUCAUACCGGCAUGGAUUUGGACUCUAUGAAAUAUACAGAAUUGCGAAGUCUCGCUAAGGAGCUGGGACUCAAGGCGAACAUGAAGGCCGACAAACUUCUGAAGGCCAUAAAGCAGCACUAUCAAGAAGAAAAGAACAAAGAGGCGAAGGAGCAGGGACAAGAUAUUAAUGAUGAAGCUCAGGAGAAAUCUGAGGUUGUCCUGGAUUCAUCUUGCAAGGAAGAAGUUUCCAGCACUACUGGGUUUGUGAACACACGUCGAGGUAAAGGAAAGGGUAACAAGAGAAAAAUCUCUGAUACUGCGACACUGACUAAAAGCGAUGCCAAGAUGCCUCCAGUUGCUGCAAAGGAUGACACUGAAGUGGAUGCACUUACUGCACCCUGCAAUGCCAGGGGUGGUAAGAAGAGAAAGGUGUCCUCUACAAACGAUAAAGAAAAAAAUGAGCCUCCUAAAAAGAUCCAGACUGCUGACCAUGAGGAGCAGCAGCUACAGCCUGCCAUUAAGGAUGAAGCACCAGUGACUGCUGAAACAGGUCUGUGUCCAAAAAAGGCACCAAAAGGGGCAAAAGCUGGUAGAAUUCCUCGUCUCCAGCAGAAGAGUAAGCCUUUGUUGAAGCCUGUUACCCCCAAUUUCAAAAAACUUCAUGAGGCUCAUUUCAACAAGAUGGAGUCCAUUGAUUCCUACGUUCAGCGGAAGACGAAACAGAUGGAGACGUACAGAAAUUCAGUGAAGGAAUUAAAGAGUCUGUCCGACAAAACUAAACUGCUGCAAGUUGAUGGCAAAGCUCAAGUGAGGGCAAAUCCAACUCGUGCUUCCAUGUUCAGCCCUGCACCAGUGAACAAGACACCAGGUGGAGAAAACCGCAGGCACACUGUGCUUUCAGCCACCAAAAAACCUCUUGCAAAGGAGGUCACCUCCUUCAGGCCGUCUGUUCUUUCUACUCGCAGGAUCAAUGUUCGGUUCUCAGAAGCUACUCAUGACAAUGAAUAUAAAAGGUCACUGGUGAAGACACCUGCACGCAUGUCACCCUGCGUGGCUUCCAGCACCCCGCAGAAACAGACCGCCAAUGGAUUAAAGCCCAACAGUGUCAAAACUGCAUCGUUCUCUGCCACAAAAACUCCAGGACCAUUUGUUUUCACUGGCAACACAAGCACUUCAACAACGCCUGGCACAAACAAGAAACCCAGCUUUGAUCUGAAGGCGAGUCUGUCACGUCCCCUCACCUACAAGCCUCAUAAAGGUAAACUGAAGCCAUUUGAAGAUGUCAAAGAAAACAUGGCCAUGAACAAGUCUAUCUCAAAUCCGCACCAGGAAGCUUACAAACAGCACAAAGUCCAGUCAAGGGAGGGCAGGAGAGCAAAGCAGAUACAAGAUCGGAAGCAGAAGAAAGAAAGUAUGCUUGGGGCAAGAAGAGGCCUUGUCAUGGCAUAAAAAUAUUGCGCCUGCUCGUGGCCGUUUGUACAACCUGUUGAAGUGUAAAUAUUUCAUUGUCUGCAGCUUCAGUUUCAGCAUUUUGUAGCCCCUAUAGAAAAGUAGAAGCUUACAUAUACUGUCCAGCGUCUUUGAGGUUCAAAUCCUGCUUGUCUUUUAAACACUUUUAGCUCAAACUAGUCCUUUUUUUUUUAAAAGAAUAUUUUGAUGUGAUUUGAAGUCUGUCCUGUUUUGCUGCAUUUUGAAACUGCUAAUUAAAAUUUUCAUUUGCUUUAUUACUUUUGCUAGAAUUGAGGCACUCAUAAAAGAGUUAUUGACCCAA